AUGCCUAUUCCCGUACCUCCAAACGCCCGAGGACAGAUAGCCUAUCACCCUUACGAUUGUAUGACUCUCGCCUGCCUCUGUCCAUUCUUUGCGGGACGAAUGCAAGGAGGGCAUUGCGUACUCUCGAAUGGUGCUAUACUUCAAAUGGCAUAUCGUAAAGAAUAUCGAAUGUUAACAGAGGAUGAAAGAAAUAGAUGGCAUAAUGCGUUGACGACGCUAAAGUUGAACGGAGAGUACGAUAGGCUUGGCAGAAUUCACUUCGAGGUAGGUUGUUCCGGUGCAAAGAGUGCAAGGACAGCGCAAGACAAGUUUGAUGACGUUAUUUUGACGUCUUGGAUGGACAACGUCGGCACUGGAUCGGGCGCUCAUUCUGGACCCGGUUUCCUUCCUUGGCACAGAGAGUUCCUGAAAAGAUUUGAGAUUGCUCUUCGAAUGGUGGACCCAUCGGUUGCAAUUCCCUAUUGGGACAGCGUCAUGGAUGGUUACCUGCCUGAUCCUAGAGAUUCGAUGCUGUUCUCGAAUCUUUUCGCUGGCGAAACCGACUUCUAUGGAAAUGUCAUUCAAGGUCCUUUCGCUUAUUGGCGGACACUUGAGGGCAGAAGUACUAUUUUGAGAAAUCUUGGCAGAGAAGGUUCGCUCAUCAAUGAAAAUCAAGUAAACAAUGUAGUAGCACAAAACACUAUUGAGAACGUUCUCGCAUAUACAGCUCCACAAAUAGUAGCACAAAACACUAUUGAAAACGUUCUCGCAUACACAGCUCCACAGAUAGGUUGCCCUUUCCCGAAUAACUAUGGAGCUAUCGAGUACAUUCAUUCAAACGUACAUUUGUGGGUUGGAGGAGAUAUGAAGCCGCCAAGUACUUCAGCCAAUGAGCCCCUCUUCUACAUGCAUCACUCCUUCGUAGAUUACCUAUGGGAGCUGUGGCGUCAACUUAAACAACCGAGAUGGUUGAGAGAAGUGGUAGGUAAACUGUUCAAGAAAUCCCUAUUUGUGUCUUUGAUCUCUCUAACUUAUUAUUUGAAAUUUUAGGC